GGCUUGUUCACAAAAGCAUGCACGUGGCACUUGCAGCCGCGGUGCUCCUCACAGGGUAUACCUGUGCGCAUGCUGUCGACGAGACCUCGGACGUCGACGACGCCCUUCGAUGGGGCACGUACCACUCGGGUCACUACUUUGGCAUUCGCUCACGAACGUCCCCGUUCCAUGUGAGUGCGGGCUUGCUGUGGUCGACAUCGAAGGAGCCCAAGCUUCGCCAUGAGUGCCUUGAGAGCGAUCACUUGGAGCAGUAUGGCUGGCUGGAGCACGACGGCCGUACGUUUGGCUCGCAGACCAUUCGCGACCAGCACAACAACCUAUUGCUGGACACGACGUUCCUCAAACCGCCGACGUCUCCCACGACGUUUGCCACUCGGUCAUGGGCAGCCCGCGUCGCCGUGACGCCUCUGCGCGCCGACGUCGCACUCCCCGACACGGCAUCGUUGUUCUUCUACCUCGAUCUCGGCUGCGAAGACGAUUCGUUGACUCAUGCCUGUCGGCGCGACACUCAGCAAGGCGCAUCGUGGUCGGUCCAGCCGCCGACGACAUGCCGCCAACCGCCUCCAAAUGGCCAAUCAUGUAUUGAGCUGGAGAUUGUAUCUGCACAUGCGAACCCCAUCUUUGCCUUCCACGCGCGUUUCCAAGUCCAUUUCCGCGGCGCGCCGCAAGAUCUAUCUGUCCAAUACCAAGGCGAGUCGUCUUGGAGCGUUGUCAACAUCCGGAAGACGCUGCUCGACUUGACCAACUCGUAUCCGGACAACGCGCCGACAAUCACUCGUCUGACCAACAUUCUGGCGCCGUCCAGUACCUUGGCCCUAGUUCAGCUCACAUUUUCGCCAUCGAUCGUGAACGACCUGACGCUGCACUUGCUCUACGACGAAGCCGCAGACGAGGUACUGUCGACCACCCCCGUCGUCGUGAUGGAUGGCAUGCUGCCGUCAUUUCACUUGGCCUUUCAAGCCAAGUUCCACGCUGCGUUUCCCCAUAUAUCGCCCGAGUUUGAACCUCUCGGACAAGCGGCACUGAGCAACUUAAUCGGGGGGAUUGGGUACUUUUACGGAAGCACCAUCUUGCAACAAGCAGAUGGACAAGCGACGCAGACCAACCCCGCGCGGUCGCUCCUGUCGGCGGUCCCGUCCCGGUCGUUCUUCCCAAGGGGAUUCCUAUGGGACGAAGGAUUCCAUCUACUGGGAAUUAUCCCCUUUGACACACAAGUCGCGGUUCAAGUUGUCGAUGCGUGGUUGGACCUUAUGGACGACGACGGGUACAUUUCCCGCGAACAAAUUCGAGGCUCGUUGGCCGAAGCGCGCGUACCCGCCGAGUUUAUCACGCAGUUCCCAACCCACGCAAACCCGCCGAGUCUGCUUCUGGCGGUCGAGAAGCUCCUUCCGCACCUGUCGCAGUCGGCGGUGCUGCACCGGUGGUGGCCCCAACUGCGCAAGUGGUUUGCGUGGUUCCAGCGGACCCAGGCCGGCGAGGAGCCGCAUACGUUUCGGUGGCGAGGGCGGGACGUUCACGACGGCAAGCUCAUGCCAAACACGCUUUCAUCUGGGUUGGAUGACUACCCAAGGGCAUCGCAUCCGUCGGCGGACGAACGACAUGUGGAUCUAGCUGCGUGGAUGAUCAAGGGCAGUGCGAUAUUGGCCAAGGUGGCCCUUGCAGUGGGCGACACUGUCGAAGCCCGAACGUUCUCGGAACUUUCCCAGGCGUAUCUGGACACAAUGAACCACUUGCACUGGGAUCCAGCUACGUCCUUGUACUAUGACUACGGUCUGCACAGCGACGACGGGUUGUUUGAAGAUCACCUUGUCAUUCGAUGCCAAAACCCAUCGACGGGCGACAGUAUUCAAACCACGGCAAACGUCCAAGUGCUUCGAAAGAACCGAAACGACGGGUGUCCGCGCACGCAUCCUCACUUUCAGUACCCUCUGGGCGAUGGCAAUGGCGGACUCUUGGGGAAACAAGUGUUUGUACCAAAGACGGAACGGCUGCAAUUCGUGCGCCGGGUAGGGUAUGUGUCGUUUUUCCCGCUAUUUCUGCAGAUUUUGCCACUGAAUUCGCCCAAGUUGGCCCCCCUGGGCACGCUCGUCGCCAACGAACUGCUCUCACUUCAUGGACUCAUGUCGCUGUCCCCCCAAGAUUUGUACUUUGAGCGCCCCAACGCCCCCGGUGACGCCCCCUACUGGCGUGGUCCGAUCUGGAUGAACAUCAACUACCUGGCCUUGGGCAGUUUUCAGCACUAUGCGACGCACGCCAGCGACAAGUCAGUUCGAGAGCAGUACCAAUCACUGUACGACACGUUGAGAGAUCGAGUGGUCGCGGCGAUUUCUCACGAAUACAAGGCCACGGGCUACUUGUACGAGCAAUACAACCCACACACGGGGCGAGGCCAGCGCUGCCAUCCGUUUUCAGGCUGGACGGCGUUGGUGGUGAAUAUCUUGGCUGAAACGUACUAGAUGCACGAGUCGUAUAUGGGUAACUUGACUAAUAAUACCAGAGGUAUUAUCAAAG